GAUUCUUCGCUCUCUAUCGGCUGAUUCGGCUCCUAAUUCUAGAGAGAGAAAGUUGCAUUUGAACUCUGCUUACAAUUCGCCAUUUUUUUUUGUUUUUUCUCUCGCUUAAGCAUAGUCUAUGUAGAGAGUAUACAAACCCUAAUUGGGAAGUAAAAUCAGGUUCUUUUUCCCGAUAGGGUAGGCGAUGUUGAAGAGCAGGCGGGGAAAUCAAGGUAAAAUUGCAGGCUUGGAAACCCUAACCCCAGGCCAGAGGUUGACUCUCAGGAAUGCCAAUGUCUCUUGAACAAGAAGAUGGCGCAAGCCUGAACCCUAACCCAGUCAAUCCGCCGCAGCAGCAGCACGUGAAGAGGCGGCCGACGACCUGGUCGGACGGCCAUAUCUGGCCCAACAAAGGGGAUGCUCAAGAAGCUCUUAGGAAUGUGGUUAUGAAACUGCGUCUACAGUCUCAGUCCAACACAACAACACCGCCCUCCGAACCUGACUCGGAUACCCAGACACUUGGCGGCUCAGAAGAUCAGGAUUCGACCCGGCGUUGCCACGACCCUGAUUAUACUUCUCACCUGUCAGACGAGCUGCUGUCGAACGUGCUCUCGAAGCUACCCGACUAUCAUCACGUUUCAAAUUCUCUGGUUUGUAAGCGGUGGUGCAAGCUCAGUGGCAAGCUGGUUCUAUCGAUUAAGCUGUUGGAUUGGGAAUUUCUAGAAUCCGGCAGGCUUGUUUACAGGUUUCCAAACCUAGUUGACAUAGACAUUAUUCCGUCUUGUGUGAAAUGGCCGCGAAAUUCCUCUAUUCUGAUAUCGCACAGGCUACUUUCAGUUCACUUGGAUUCAAGCUCUUCCAAUGGCGUAUUUUUGAAAAAAACUGACAUCUUGGAUUCACAAGCCGUAGAUGGAGGAGUUAAGACUCUUGUAGAGGGUUGCUCCAAUCUACGGAGAAUCGUUGUGAUCAACACAAGUGAAGAUGGAUUGAAAUCUAUGGCUGAUAAAUGUGAAACAUUGCAGGAACUAGAGUUGCAUUGCUGCGAAGAUUUUUCUUUGAAAGGAAUUUCAGGGUGCAGCAAUUUGCAAAUACUGAAGUUGGUUGGUAAUUUAGAUGGGUUUUACAGCUCUAUGGUCUCUGAUAUCGGUUUGACCAUUCUUGCUCAGUCUUGUAGGCGUCUUGUGAAGGUUGAGUUGGUUGGGUGUGAGGGAAGCUAUGAUGGGAUCAAAGCUAUAGGACAGUGUUGUUACAUGCUAGAAGAGUUCACACUUUGUGAUCAUAGGAUGGACGGUGGGUGGUUGUCUGCAUUGUCAUAUUGUCACAAUCUGAAAACAUUGAAGCUCAGGUCGUGUAAGAACAUUGAUUUAUGUCCGGGUCCUGAUGAACAUUUGGGUUAUUGUCUUUCUAUUGAAGAGUUACAUUUGCAGUGUUGUCAUUUACGGGAUAAGCAAAGUCUAAGAGCACUGUUUAUAGUAUGUGUAUCUGUGAGAGAACUUGCAAUUGAGGAUUGUUGGGGGCUAGACAACGAUGCAUUUUCUUCGGCAUGUGUAUUGCGGGGUUUAAGAGCACUCUCUUUAGAUGGAUGCUCUCUACUGACAACGGAAGGAUUAGAUUCAGUCAUUGAAUCUUGGAGAGAUCUUCAAAGUCUUAACGUGGUCUCAUGUAAAAAUAUAAAAGAUAGUGAAAUAACACCAGGCCUAGCAAUGUUGUUUUCUGUUCUCAAAGAGUUGAAGUGGCGGCCUGACUCUAAGUCUCUCCUUUCAUUGCGCCUUGAAGGGACUGGUAUGGGGCAUAAAGGUGGAAGAUCUUUCCGGUACAAGUAAAGAAUUGAGUUUAGUUGCUACGGUUUUAAGGCCCAGUUUGGUAGCAUUCAUCAGGUUAUUCUUAUCAGUAGAAUAAUAAGAAUAAGUAGGCAUUUGACUUACUUAUUUGGCUGACACCGAAUACACCAAAUACUCUUCCUUUCAGAAGAUUUUGUAGAUUCGGUCACAUUUCAGCUAAAUAAGCUACAGACGGGCUCCAAUUUUUUGUUAUUGCUUGUUAUGAUGCCUUAUUUUAAGGUCUUUGUAUUUUUUGUCAAUUGGCUGUACAUGUGUUAAGCCUUUGUACCAAAUUACAGAGUUAACUCUGCUAGUGUAAUUCUAGUUGUCUAGCUGCUAUAUAUUACAUUCAUCCAGAUUAAUUUACACUGUAGAAUUGUACUGAAAAAUUAUGAACAAAAAAAAUGUAUGUUGUCCAAAUUUGUUUUCUUUUACUUAUUCAUUGAA